ACCUUAAACGCAACAGUACGUCGUGAAAGGGAAGUGAGUGGGGAGGCCUGGCUCAAUGAAUCCUCGCCAUGCAUCUGGCCUUCGGGUUCCGUUGUGUCACCUGCUUCGGGUCAGGGGUACACACACAGCUGCCCCGCUGGACCCUGAAUGGUCCAAGCUAGCUGCUAAACAGCUUAAAUCUGAAGAAGCAUUGAAGAAGCUGGUUUGGAGGACUUCUGAUGGUGUUGAUGUGAAACCGAUCUACACAGCGAAAGAUGUUGAGAACGUGCCACCGGAGCUGCCUGGCAAGUUCCCGUUCACGCGCGGCCCUUACCCGACCAUGUACGCCCAGCGGCCCUGGACCAUCCGCCAGUAUGCUGGCUUCUCCACCGUCGAGGAGAGCAACAAGUUCUACCGCGAGAACAUCAAGGCCGGACAGCAGGGUCUCAGCGUGGCUUUCGAUCUGGCUACCCACUGUGGGUACGACUCGGACAACCCGCGCGUCUCGGGCGACGUCGGCAUGGCCGGCGUGGCCAUCGACUCGGUGGAGGACAUGAAGGUGCUGUUCGACGGCAUCCCUCUCGACCGCAUGUCCGUCUCCAUGACCAUGAACGGCGCCGUCGUGCCCAUCAUGGCCAUGUUCAUCGUGACCGGCGAGGAGCAGGGCGUCAGUUCCAAGCAACUAUCCGGAACGAUCCAGAACGACAUCCUGAAGGAAUUCAUGGUGCGAAACACGUACAUCUACCCGCCCGCGCCGUCUAUGAAGAUCAUCGGGGACAUUUUCGCUUACACCGCCGAGCACAUGCCCAAGUUCAACUCAAUCUCAGUCUCUGGCUACCAUAUGCAGGAGGCGGGCGCCAGUCCGGUGUACGAGAUGGCGUUCACGCUGGCGGACGGUCUGGAGUACUGCCGGACGGGUCUGAAGGCCGGCCUCGACAUCGACGCCUUCGCACCGCGGCUCUCCUUCUUCUGGGGCAUCGGCAUGAACUUCUACAUGGAAAUAGCCAAGAUGCGCGCAGCGCGCCGGCUCUGGGCCACACUUAUGAAGGAGAAGUUCAGCCCUAAGAACGACAAGUCGAUGAUGUUGCGGACGCACUCGCAGACGUCCGGCUGGUCCCUGACGGAGCAGGACCCGUACAACAACAUCAUCCGCACAACGGUGGAGGCGAUGGCGGCCGUGUUCGGCGGCACGCAGUCGCUGCACACCAAUUCGUUCGACGAGGCGCUGGCGCUGCCGUCCGUCUUCUCGGCCCGCAUCGCCCGCAACACGCAGAUCAUCCUGCAGGAGGAGACGGGCAUCCCCCAGGUCAUUGACCCGUGGGCGGGCUCGUACGCCAUGGAGGCGCUGACGGCCGAGAUGUGCCGCGCCGGGCGGGAGGUCAUUGACCAGGUGGAGGAGAUGGGCGGCAUGGCCGAGGCCGUCGCUUCCGGCUGGCCCAAGCUCAAAAUCGAGGAGUGCGCCGCCCGCAAACAGGCCGCCAUCGACUCCGGCAAAGAGACAAUCGUCGGCGUCAACAAGUACCGGCUGGAGAAGGAGGAGCCGCUAGACGUGCUGAUGAUUGACAACGAGCAGGUGUACCGGCUGCAGUGCGCCAAGCUGGAGCGGCUGCGGGCCGAGCGAGACGCGGAGGCCGUGCGGCGCGCCCUGCACGAGCUCACAGAGACGGCGCGCUCCGGCGAGGGCAACCUGCUGAAGGCGGCUGUGGCAGCAGCGCGGGCGCGCGCCACUGUCGGCGAGAUCACGCAGGCCAUGGAGGAGGUGUUCGGUCGGCACGUGGCUACUGACAAGUUUGUCUCGGGCGCGUACAAGUCCGAGUACGCCGACACAGAGGACUUGCAGCGUGUCAUGCAGAAGGUGGCGGAGUUUGCCGAGGAGGAGGGCCGCCGGCCGCGCAUCCUCGUGGCCAAGAUGGGCCAGGACGGUCACGACCGCGGCGCCAAGGUCAUUGCCACCGGCUUCGCCGACCUGGGCUUUGACGUGGACGUCGGCCCGCUCUUCCAGACGCCGGAGGAGGUAGCGCAGCAGGCGGUGGACGCGGACGUGCACGUGGUGGGCGUGUCGACACUGGCCGCCGGCCACCGCACGCUGGUGCCGGCGCUGGUGCGCGCGCUGCGCGCCGCCGGCCGCGGCGACGCGCUCGUGAUCGUGGGCGGCGUCAUCCCGCCGCAGGACUACCAGAUGCUGUACGACUGCGGCGCGGCCGCCGUCUUCGGGCCG